AUGAAGCACCCUUUCCAAAAACUUACGUCGGACAAAUCCGGCGAGCAUCUUUUUGCUACAGUCAAAAACAGCCUUCUUGUGUUCCGCUUGACGGAUGGUGCUCUCAUAGGAUCUUGGACCGAUGAUGUGAAGUUGCAGGACGUUCAGGAGAACAAGCUCAAGAAGGAUGAACAACCUGCGAAGAAAGCGAAGACAAACAAGAAGGAACCAAAGGUCCCCGUGCCAGGUCCCGGAGCCCCUCCGAUCUACAACUAUAUUCGUUCCUUAACCUUGUCAAGAAAUGAGAAGUAUAUAAUCGGAACCACCGACAGUGACAAGGCUGCCGUGAUCUUCAAAAUUAACCACUCACAAGACAACUGUAUAUCAUUGGUGAAGAGGCAAGUCUUUCCCAAGAGACCUUGCGCAAUUGCUACAACCUUUGACGACUCGCAGUUGAUUGUGGCAGACAAAUUUGGUGAUGUCUACAACAUUCUGAUUGACGACAAUGAGUCUGUGGAUGAGAAAACUUUACAACCAAUUCUCGGUCAUGUCUCUAUGUUGAGUGAUGUUCUCGUGGCGAAGCACGAGGGCAAGCAGUAUAUCUUGACUGGUGAUCGUGACGAGCACAUCAGAGUGACAAACUUUCCUAAAUCCUAUGUGGCUAAGCAGUGGUUAUUUGGACACAGAGAGUUUGUUUCCAGCUUGCAUGUCCCUGACUUCAAUAAUGAUAUUCUCAUAAGUGGUGGCGGUGAUGAUUUCCUCGUAUUGUGGAAUUGGUACACAGGGGAACAGCUCACAGAUAUCGAACUUCGUGAAUUCGUCGAACCAUUCUUGAACGAUAAUCAUCUCCCACCCGAAAGGUUUAGAACAGAGGACCUGAAAAAGGAGAUUUCCAUCGCAAAAAUUGAGACCUUUAGGCAAGGAGAACAAGAUAUUCUUGCCGUUCUUUGCGAACAAACCAACUGCUUACUCACCUUCAUCAUUGGACCCGACAUGUCAAUCACACACAAGCAAACUCUUACUACCAAAAGCACUUUGGUAGACUUUACUUGCGCUAACGGCAAGAUCUAUGCUGCUCUUGACGUUGAGAGUGACAGUUCAAUAGUCGGAGUCUACGAGUUUGACGACGCAAGUACUUUGCACCCAAGAAAAACGAAUGUUCUGAAUCUCAUAACUGAUGCCUCGCCUUGUGAGGUGGAUGGUCGCGACCAAUUCUAUCCCUUGUACUAUAUCAACUCUUUGAGAAAAAGAAGUGAACAUUAA